CGUUGCCGGUGAAUGGCGGUGAUAGCAAAUACGAAAGUGUAAAUUUCGCUCGUUUCGCACGCAACGUUACGCUGUGUUCAGUGUAUCGUGGUGCCGCGUGAUUCUCAUUGGCAGGUAUACUUCGAAAAUUUUCGAAUCAGGCCUAGUGAAAGCUUGUCCGCGGUUCGCAAUACUAAGAUGUGGCUAGCGAUACUAGCAAUAUGUAUUAUCUUCUUGCUCCUGGUUAAAAGCACUUUUAAGCCUAGAAAAUUUCCACCAGGACCUAAAUGGUAUCCUAUAGUGGGUAACGCAGGCGAAGUCAAUAAAUUGCGUGAAAAAACUGGCUAUUUAUAUAAAGCUGUUAAAGAAUUAUGUAAUACUUACUGUAAAGAUUCACCACUCCUUGGUCUUAAGAUCGGUAAAGACAAAAUGGUAAUGGUGAACUCACUUGAAGCAAACAAAGAGAUGCUAUAUAACGAAGACAUAGACGGAAGACCGAAAGGUAUUUUUUAUCAGACACGAACCUGGGGUGAAAGAAAAGGCGUCCUUCUGACUGAUGGUGAGUUAUGGAAAGAACAAAGAAGAUUUCUAAUUAAGCAUCUAAAAGAAUUCGGAUUUGGUAGAAAAGGUAUGGGUGAUAUAGCUUGCACCGAGGCAUCCUUUAUGUUGGAUGACGUCGCAGAUUUGAUAAGCAAAGAUGGAGCCAGAAACGGAAUAUACAUGCACAACUUUUUCAACACUUACAUCUUAAACACUCUGUGGACUAUGAUGGCAGGAAUAAGAUAUCAAGCGAGUGAUCCCCAAAUGAAAGUACUCCAGGAUCUCCUGUUCGAUCUAUUUCGGAAUGUCGACAUGGUUGGUGCACUAUUUAGCCAUUUUCCAAUAUUGGCCAUUCUUGCUCCUAAGAUGUCUGGUUACAAAGAUUUUAUUAGAACACACAAAAGAAUAUGGAGAUUUUUAAGAGAAGAAAUUGCAAGACAUAAAGAAAAUCUGGAUACGGAUGUUGAUAGUAGGGAUUUCAUGGGUGUAUAUUUACGGAAUCUAAGAGAAUACGGGGAGAGAGACACGUAUUCGGAAGGUCAGUUAGUUGCAAUGUGUAUGGAUAUGUUUAUGGCUGGGACAGAAACAACCAGUAAGAGCAUGAGUUUUGGCUUCAGUUAUUUGGUUCGUAACCAAGAUGUGCAAAGAAAAGCACAAGAAGAAAUUGAUAGGGUUAUUGGAAGAAAUCGUUUGCCGACGCUAGAUGAUCGACCAAACAUGCCUUAUAACGAAGCGAUAGUUCACGAAUCUGUUCGACAUUUUAUGGGGAGAACGUUUGGUGUACCACAUCGAGCUCUUCGUAAUACUACUCUAGCUGGAUAUAAUAUCCCAGAGGACACAAUGGUGGUGAGCAACUUCACCAACAUCUUGAUGGACGAAACUCUAUUUCCCGAGCCGUACACAUUCCAACCAGAGAGAUUCAUCGUUGACGGAAAACUUUCUUUACCUGAGCACUAUUUUCCAUUCGGGCUAUCGAAGCACAGAUGUAUGGGAGAUGUGCUCGCUAAAUGCAACAUCUUCAUCUUCACGACGAGCAUGCUGCAGAAGUUUUCUUUCCUGCCGUUUCCAGGCGAACCUCUUCCUUCUUUAGAUCACAUAGAUGGCGCCACUCCAUCCGCGGCACCUUUCAAAGCCUUAGUGAUCCCAAGGACGUGAAAAUGUGACAUUUUUUCUUGUGAAUUUAUUAGUUUCAUAAUUUUUAUAUGUGUAUAAUGCAACAUUUUUAUUAGACUUUAAACAACUUUGUAUUAUAUUAAGGUAUG